AUGGCAGCGGCCACCUCCCCUCCCAGGGCCGAGAGGAAGCGCUGGGGCGGGGGCCGCCUGCCGGGCGCCCGGCGGGGCAGCGCAGGCCUGGCCAAGAAGUGCCCCUUCUCGCUGGAGCUGGCCGAGGGCGGCCCGGCGGGCGGCGCGCUCUACGCGCCCAUCGCCCCGCCCGGCGUCCCGGGGCCCGCGCCCCCCGCCGCGCCCGCCGCGCCCCCAGCCGCCGCCGACCUUGGCCCGCGGCCGCCGGUGAGCCUCGACCCGCGCGUCUCCAUCUACAGCGCGCGCCGCCCGCUGCUGGCGCGCACCCACAUCCAGGGCCGCGUCUACAACUUCCUCGAGCGCCCCACCGGCUGGAAGUGCUUCGUCUACCACUUCGCCGUCUUCCUCAUCGUCCUGGUCUGCCUCAUCUUCAGCGUGCUGUCCACCAUCGAGCAGUACGUCGCCCUGGCCACGGGGACCCUCUUCUGGAUGGGAAUCCUCGGCUCCGGCUUCGCCCUGAAGGUGCAGCAGAAGCAGAGGCAGAAGCACUUCAACCGGCAGAUCCCGGCCGCAGCCUCUCUCAUUCAGACGGCGUGGCGGUGCUAUGCGGCCGAGAACCCCGACUCCUCCACCUGGAAGAUCUACAUCCGGAAGCCGCCCCGCAGCCACGCUCUGCUCUCCCCCAGCCCCAAGCCCAAGAAGUCGGCCAUGGUAAAGAAAAAAAAGUUCAAACUGGACAAGGACAACGGGGUGAGCCCGGGAGAGAAGACCCUGACGAUCCCCCACAUCACUUGUGACCCCGUGUCGGAGGAGCGGAGGCCCGACCACCUCUCGGUGGACGGCUACGACAGCUCUGUGAAAAAGAGCCCCACGCUACUGGAAGUGAGCACGGCCCAUUUCAUGAGAACCAACAGCUUCGCCGAGGACCUGGACCUGGAAGGGGAGACGCUGCUGGCUCCCAUCACGCACGUGUCACAGCUGCGGGAGCACCACCGGGCCACCAUCAAGGUCAUCCGGCGCAUGCAGUACUUUGUGGCCAAGAAGAAAUUCCAGCAAGCGCGGAAGCCCUACGAUGUGCGGGACGUCAUCGAGCAGUACUCCCAGGGCCACCUCAACCUCAUGGUGCGCAUAAAGGAGCUGCAGAGGAGAGAAGACCAAGGACAGAGGCAGCAACACGAUCGGCGCCCGCCUGAAUCGCGUGGAGGACAAGGUGACGCAGCUGGACCAGAGGCUGGUGCUCAUCACAGACAUGCUACAGCAGCUGCUCGCCCUGCACCACGGAGGCCCCCCCGGCAGCCAGCCCCCCAGUGGGGGCGGGGCCCAGGUGGUCCAGCCCCACCCCGGCGGCUCCAUCAACCCCGAGCUCUUCCUGCCCAGCAACGCGCUGCCCACCUACGAACAGCUGACUGUGCCCCACGGGGACCCCGACGAGGGCUCCUGAUGGGGGCUCGGGGCCCAGGCCUGAGAGGGGAGGCCUGGAGGAGCCCUGCCCGGCCCACCCCACCUCCUACUCGGCACGGGCACCACCAGGCCUCAGCCACCUCUCGAAGGUCCGAGAGAACAGUUCCUCUCUCCAAGGCCCCAGGUACCCGGUGGGCCACUCAGCCCUCUGGCCUGGGCUGGGGGCUCUCCAAGACCGCCUCUUCCCAGCCAGCGGGUACUAUAAUUUGGCUGGGUAUCAGGGGAAGGGGGCCUCUCGGCUCUGAGACCAGGGCCCCCAACGUCGCUUGCAAGAUACUGGGACACAGUGGUGGGAGGUCAGGCCGGGCAUCCCAGGCACUUGGUCUCUCCCAUGUACAUCCAGGAAGCAGUGCAGCUGUGUGCAGACCCCAGGGGGUUCCCGCGGGGACACAGAGGGACAGCCUGGGUCUGUGGGACACAGAGGGUCUGUGAGGACCCCACCCCCAGCCUCAAAUCCAAGACCCAGGGGGACCCAGGGAGGAGGCAGGCAGGGCAGGGCAGGCCCAGCUCAUGCUGAAUAAAGGAUGCCCAUGGUCAAGGCUCGAUCAAGGCCCUAGAGCCUGUCAGAGGCCCCCGGGCCUGGGCCUGACUCCCUCACACUCCAAAGAAGCUGACUCAGGCCAGGAGCUGCUGCUGAGGUCACAGCUUCCAACGGGAGGGACAGGCCCACCUCUGUGCCCAGAGCUCUUCAGUGGGCAUGGACCGUCCACCAGUGGAAUAUGGGUGCUCAGGUCCCCUACUUUGGACUGGCAGCUUCUCCUAUCCAUUCCGGAGAAAAGAGGAGGGUCCCCAAACCCAGCUCUACAUGCGGGCCCUGCCUCCAGCUCCCUGCCUGGGCCAAGCAGCUGGACAGACGCACAGACAGUCAUCUCCUCGGACCAGCUGCUGAGCCUCAGGGGAGCAGAUGGGUGUCACCAUCUCUAACAAGACCCAUCUCCUCCUGGGUGCUCCAUCUCACUGAAAUCAGAAUAAUUUGUGGUGAUUUGGAAUCUGUGCUUUAAUGAAUUUCACGGUGUGAUUUUGAUUCUUAAUCAUUCAGGUUUUUCCUAAUAAACAU